GGGCCUCCGGAUGGCCCAGAACUCCAUGCUGCUCUGGUCGGCACCAGGCGGGAACUUCCUGCUGCCAACGGCGGACGGCCACCCAACCUUGACUACCAGCAGUACCUGUACAUUGGCCAGGUCUGCUACCACCAGGCUCUGCCGUGGCAUUCCAAGUACUCCCCAUACCUGGCCCUCCUGCACGUGCUGCUCCUGAUGGUCUGUAACAACUUCUGGUUCAUAAACCCCAAGACCUCCUCCAGAAUCGAGCUGUUCCUCUCCAUCCUCCGGAAGUGCUCCCAGUCGCCUUGGACAACCAAGGCGCUCUCGGAGACAGCCAGCCAGCCCUGGGAAAGCAAACCUGGCCGGAUGGCACCCUGCCCUGCCCAGAUCUCCCAGGAUGGGGCUGGCUUCCAGGCUCCCUCAAGCACCACCAUCCUGGACCGGAAGGACAGGGAGCAGGCCAAGGCACUCUUUGAGAAGAUCCGCACCUUUCGGGCACGCACCGAAGCCGCCAGCCUCCUCUACUGGGUCUACAUGGGGCAGACGGUGUUCAAGGUGGCAAAGCUUUUGGCUGUGUUGGGCUAUGCCUCCAGCUCUGCCGGCGCCAUUGCUUUCAGGCACGUGUGCCAGCCGGGCAUAGGGGACCUCGCUGGCCACGCCACCUUCUCCUGCACCCACAGCCUGGCCUACAUCCUGCAGAAGCUGCUUCUGUGCUACCUGGCCCUGGUGCUGCUCUGUGGGCUGGCAGGGGUCUACACGCUCUACUGGCUGCUCCGGAGGCCGCUCAGGGAGUACUCCUUUGAGCAGGCCAGCGAGGAGAGCGGCUUCAGACCCAUCCCCGAUGUCCACAACGACUUGGCCUUCCUGCUGCACAUGACUGACCAGUAUGAGCCGCUCUGCUCCAGGAGGAUGGCCACCUUCCUCUCUGCUGCAGAGCAGUCUGGAGCCUCGCGGGGACUGAGAGGAGCUGCACUGGCAUGUGAGAAGGGACCCCUGGGGCCGGCUGGCGCUGAGGCUCUGUGCCCUUCCAGCCCUGUCCCAGGCUAUGAGAUGGGGGACGUGGAGGGGCUGCAGCUGGAGUGCAUGGGGGAGGUGGUUCUCGCCAAGGUGGCCCAGAUGGAGGUGCUGUCUGAGCUGCAGCUGUCCCACUGCCCAGCCACAAUGGAGCCCAAGGCCUUGGCCUUCCUGCGGGAACAGCUCAGAGGGCUCCACCUCACCGCGAUCCCCUCCUGGCUUUACUCCUUGAAGAAUCUGUACCAGCUGCACCUCUCCAGCCGCUUCUGCUCCAACACGCUGGCCCUUGAGUCCCCACGGGAUCUACAGACGCUGGAGGCUUUGGUGCUCCAAACCAAGCUAGCCAAGCUCUACGUCCCCCCAUCUCUGCCAGCUCCGCAUCCAGAACGACAGGACCACGCCGGACGCAUUGGGGGAGAGCAGCCUCCAGGCUGAAGCUGCUCUGCUGCAAGCUUGAGGGACUCCCAUUGGCGGGCUGGCGCUGUGGCAGCUGGAUCUGCACUCCAACGGCAUCCACUGCCUCGAGGCGGGGGCCUGGCUUCCAGCACCUGGCAUGGCUCCCCUGCCUGAUGCUGGGGCACAACCGUAUCGCCACCCCGCCCGCUUCUGUCAGGGCAGAGGAGCUGGUGCUGCCCCACAAGGAGCUGGAGUCUCUGCCCCACUGCCGAGGCUCAGGCACCUGGCCCUCAGCCAUGACCUCCUCUGCCUCUUCCCUAUGGAGACUGGCCAGCUGGGGGCGCUGCAGUUCCUCUCCAUCACCAGCAACCGGAUCAGUGCAGUGCCCUGCCAGCUUUUUGCCUGCCCGGCACGGAAGUUUUUGCAGCUGGCAGACAACGCUUUGCCCAUGGUGCCGGCUGAGAUCGGGAGGCUCAGGCGGAGCAGGGAACCCCUUGGAGUCACUCCCAUUUGAGCUAGGCUGUGUGGACAAGGCUCUCUCUCAGACCCUGCCGGCCCACACAAAGCAGACACUUGCCAGGCACAUCUCUGAUCCAUCCCUGUGAGGCCUCUGGCUCCAGAAACGUCCCUGGCACGUGGACAGCCAGGGAGCCUGUUAUGCAGCUUGUCUGUAGCUCCGGGGCAUAGGGAGGAGAUCUCAGCAGCAUCAAGUCAACAGAGUCCCGGCACCAGGUCUCCGCAGGGGCUGGAACAAUUUGUACAGAGGGGCGGAGAGCCAAUGAACCAGACUGUAAGCUGGCCAUAUAAUGGAAACCACUUCAAGCCAGGGGGUGCUGCAGCAACUCCCCACCCCCGCACUCCUAGUUCAGCACCUCUGGGUCUCCAGAGAGCUUGUCAGAUAUGGAGUCCCGUUGUCCAGGUGGCUGCGCCCCUACUGGGACUGCCACAUCACAACCACAGACCAAAAUUUAGCCCCCACUUAAGCAGGGUAACUCUGGCCCACCCUCCUUGCUCCCAAGGGGCUUGGGUGCAACUGAAUCUGGGGUGGCUCCCCUGUGCAAUUGAAGGGAGGGCUGGGCUCCCCCCUGCAAAUCCCAGCUCCACUGUGCCUCCCUGGGCAGUGGGACUUAGGACCCACAGGGAAGCCAGGACUGGAAGAUCAGCUGCCCCUGGGGAUCCAUAGCCAGUCACACCUGCAGCGCAAGGAGAUCAGCUGGGGGGAGGGGCUACAGCGCCACCCUGUGGUCUGGAGGGGGAAUGUCCUUCCCCAAAACACCCAGGCUACGUCUAGACUGGCAUGAUUUUCCGCAAAUGCUCUUAACGGAA